UGCCAGUGGGACUUCGGUGUUGUCAAGUGAAAAGCUGCUGCAGGUCCAUGAAUGGACCUUCACUAACACAGGAAAUUUAUCUCUCAAAUAAUUCACAUUUUGAGACUGUUGGACAAAUCACGACGACAUUCACCCCUUGUCAAAGUGAGAGCUCCUGCUGGUUCUCCAGAAUGUUCCCUUUGAGGAAAGCAUCUUAUCGGUGAUACUCAAUCACGGUGGGCUGUGACGUGGAGAUGGUCACUUGGGCCGCCUUGCUGACAGUAUGCACAUGGAUACAAACACAAACAGCCUCAGGACAGCACACAUGUGCUUCUACUCCACACAGGCUGGUGGAUUUCUCUGUAGAAUAUUCCCUCCCCCACUUCCAGACAGACAAACCUAUACAGAACAUAGCUGUGAACUGGGAGGAGAAUCGGUCAGACGUGUAUGUUGCAUGUCAGAAUGCAAUAGAGGCAGUCAACUAUGAUAUGGAACAAAUCUGGAAGGUGAAAACUGGACCUGUUGGCAGUCCUGACUGUGAAACUUGUUUGUUGUGUGACAUGGAAAUAGAUCCUGGGGAUCCCGUGGAUACAGACAAUGAGGUUCUGCUUUUUGAUCUCUCUGCAGUUCCCACUCCCUACUUGUACAUUUGUGGGAGUACUCAACAUGGGAUCUGUCACUUCAUUGACACUGGCUCUCCAAAGCCUGAGCCGAUGUGCUUAUACAAAAAGGAGCUAAACUCUCCAACCAGCUGUACAGACUGUCUGGCCAGCCCCCUCGGCACCAAAGUCGCCCUCGUUGAACAGGGAGCUACAGCGUUCUUCUUUAUCGCAGCCUCUGUCAAUGACGAAGUGGCACAGAGGUAUCCAAGGAGGUCAAUAUCAGUGGUGAGGCCACUUUCAACUGAAGAUGGCUUUCAUAUGAUCAUGAAUGGCCUGACAGUGCUCCCCAGUCUACGGGACUCUUACAAGAUCGAUUACAUCUACAGCUUCUCCACCGAGGAGUACGUCUACUUCCUGUCCCUGCAGAGAGAAACCCCAUCCAAGAGUAACUCAGCUUUUCAGACUCGUCUUGGACGACUGCCGAUACGAAUUCCAGAGGUGUGGAUGUACAGAGAGGUGGUCCUGGAGUGCCGCUACAAACCAAAGCGCAGGAGACGGAGAGAGGAUUUGGGAGACACUGUGUAUAACGGGCUACAGGCGGCACACUUUGGGCGAGUGGGGAAGGACUUGGCAGAAGAGCUAGGGUUGAAAAAGACGAAAGACAUUCUGUAUGGGGUGUUUGCAGAGGUGAAUGCACAUGGCGAACCUCAAAAAAACUCCGCCCUGUGUGCCUUCCCUUUGGCUUAUGUAAACCAAGCGAUAGACGCAGGUGUGGAGGACUGCUGCAAGUCGGGUUCGGAGCAGCUGUCUAGAGGUCUCUGUCACUUCCAGCCGUGCGAGAGCUGCCCACAUGAAAGCUCUGGAGGUAAUGACACAUGCAGUGUUAAACCCACUCUCGUGUCAAAGCCGCACUUCAGACUAGACCUUUUCGACACGAAGAUGAGAGACGUCCUUUUUACUGCUGUCCUGGUCACCACUAUUGGGAAUCACACACUGGGUCACUUUGGUACCUCAGAUGGUCGAAUACUGCAGGUGAUUCUUGCUCGGUACAGGCCUAUUAUUUUUGCCAACUUCUCUCUUGGAGAAAGCCAAGUCUCCAGGACAGCAGAUGUGUACUCAAACGAUUCACUUCUCUUCAUAGUGGGAAAUAAGAUGUUCAGGGUGCCCUCUGCAGGACCAGGGUGUGCACAUUUUAUGACGUGCUCCAUGUGUUUGACGGCGCCACUCUUCAUGAACUGUGGCUGGUGUUCAGGAAUCUGCUCGAGGCAGCAUGAGUGUGCCUCUCAGUGGAACACAGACUCAUGUGCACCUGUCAUAACAGAGUUUUUCCCUAAAAUGGUACCUGCUGGUGCUGAGACAGAAGUGACACUGUGUGGCAGGGAGUUUCAGUCUCCUCUGCGACCCGCCAUCAUCAGCGGCAAAACCCACAUCAUCACAGUGGGCUCUGGGACCUUGUGUACCGUGCUGCCUAAGAGCAAUAGUCAAGUUCUAGUAUGCAAGAUUCAGGAAAACACACCAAACCAGGACCUCAACAUCACUCUGGAAAUACACGAGGGGGAAGUGGAGGGCCGCUACACAAUUGAAGGCACAGCACAGAUGCCUGGCUUCUCUUUUGUGGAGCCUAACAUAACAGAAAUCAGGCCUGACUAUGGACCUGUGUUUGGAGGAACGAUGGUUACACUGACGGGCAGAUAUCUUAAUUCUGGGACACAGAGAAAUAUCUUAUUUGCUGACAAAAAGUGUAACAUCCAAAGUGCUCCUGAAGGAAGUGGGACUUCUUCGAUUGUCUGCCUCACACCAGCUGCAGCAGGAGUUGGGAAGGUACCUGUGACAAUCUUCAUUGACAACUUUCAAGUGAUGACCACCAAGAUGUUCUCCUACAAGAAAAAUCCUGUUAUAACUGCUGUACAUCCUCAUUGCAGUUUCCAAAGUGGCUCCAAGCUGGUGAUAAAAGGUCAGAAUCUUGACUCUGCCCACAAAACUGUGGUUCAGUACACGUCCAAUCACAAUGUGCAAAUUCUUCAACGAGUCUGCAGCGGCACAAGUAAUGCCACAUAUAUGGAGUGCUGGGCCCCUGCUUAUCCAGAGGAAAUGCCAGAAGAUAAGUCUGACGCGGGAUAUAUUUAUAUUCACAUGGAUGGCAAAAGUAACCUCUGGAAGAAACGUUUCGACUACCACCCUGAUGCCAAAAUCAUUCCCAUUGAAUAUGAGGACAAACAAUUACUACUAAAACCAGGAGAGACAGAAGUUUCACUGCAUCAUAGCAAACUGAGUACAGUGAGUUCAUGUAUGAACAUCACAAUGACCAUUGGGGGUGUGGACUGCAAUGCCCAGGUUCUGUUAAAUGAGCUGACCUGCAGGAUUCCUAAAGGCCUGGUUAUUCCCAGCGAGGGAUUGCCUGUCGAGGUGUCCGUGAAUGGGGAAGUUUACGGUGUGGGAACAGUAGUCAACGAUGACAGCAACAACAACACUGUGAUUGCGGGCAUUGUGGUGGGCAUUUUGGCCGCAUUGGUAGUAGGUGCCGGCCUUGCAUUACUUGUGAUGAUCCAUUUGAGGAAGAAAAAGAGAGCAAACAUAGAGAGUCGUUUGUCAACAGUGUUUUCACGGAACCGAAUGGACAGCGGUCAUAAUAUCUCUCCGACAGGUGACUACAGACGAGUGGAUCUGUCCAGUCAAACAUCAGGUUCAGGAGGAAUGGCCUUCCACGGUUUAGCGUAUGCUGCCAGCUAUGAUCAUCUGUCCAUUCCUUUAAUGUCCCGGGACAAUCUCUCAAUGGUCAGUCUGAGCUCUGAACUUCUUGAAGAAGUCAAAGAUGUCCUGAUCCCAGCUGAGAUGCUCCGAAUUGAGGAUAGCCAAAUCAUUGGCAAAGGCCACUUUGGUACAGUUUAUCAUGGAUACCUGAUAGACAGCAAAAAGCAAGAGACCCACUGCGCUGUCAAAUCACUGAACAGGAUCACAGAAUUGGGGGAGGUGGAUCAGUUCCUCAGAGAGGGCAUCAUCAUGAAAGGUUUCCACCACCCCAACAUACUGUCUCUGCUGGGCAUCAUGCUGCCUAAAGAAGGGCUCCCUCUGGUGGUUCUACCGUAUAUGAAGCAUGGAGAUGUGCGUCACUUCAUCCGCUCUGAGAAAAAGAACCCAACAGUGAAAGACCUGAUAGGCUUUGGGCUUCAGGUUGCCAAGGGGAUGGAGUAUCUAGCCCAGAAGAAGUUUGUCCACAGAGACCUGGCUGCCCGUAACUGCAUGCUUGAUGAAACCUUUACAGUAAAGGUGGCUGACUUCGGCAUGGCAAGGGACAUCUAUGACAAGGAGUACUACAGUAUUCAAGAUCACAAACGGGUAAAGCUGCCAGUGAAGUGGAUGGCCAUCGAAAGCUUGCAAACACAAAAGUUCACGAUCAAGUCUGAUGUGUGGUCAUACGGCAUCUUAAUGUGGGAGCUGUUGACUAGAGGUGCUAGCCCAUAUCCAAAUGUGGACCCCUAUGACAUCGCACACUACUUGUUGAAGGGACGUCGGCUUCCCCAGCCACAGUUUUGCCCAGAUACUCUCUACUCUAUAAUGCUGGCAUGUUGGGACCCAGAGCCUGAGUGCAGACCUAGCUUCAACUGCCUAGUUACAGAAGUGCAACACAUCCUGUCCUGUCUGGAAGGAGAGCACUACAUGAAUCUGAAGGUUAACUAUGUCAACUUAGACCAGCCACGGCCCUACCCGUCCUUGACUGGAUCUGCAGAUGAGGCCGAGGCCUCAGACUUGGACUCAGACAGUCCUGCUGGCAGCUGAGGGUGCAAAGUCCUAAGACUCUCCGAUAGGAACGCAGGAUCCGGAUUAAAGUUCGACAGCACACAAGAAAAGUGACACGGUAACCUGGAUCCAAUCAUGCGUCACAUACAUUGUUGAUCUUUUCUACAAACCUGAGCACAUUGAAGGUUUGGCUACUGAUUUAAAAGACACUGUAGGUACUAUAAACUCUUAUUGCAGCUGAGACAAAACCACGCUGGAAGUUCCCGAUCCUUGUUACCUGGUUUUAUUUGUAGCAAAAUGGAGUGUCGCAAAAUGAAUGUAAAAUGUGCAAUUGUUCUCAGACAGAAUAGGAUGUGAGACGAUGUGCUGAUGUCUCUAAGUCAUUGCAUUGGACUGUUAAACACAGGGUCUAUAAAUGCUGACGUGCGCUCAAGGGUCAACUUUUUAUUUUUUUUACACAAUUGUCCUGGGGUAUAAUAAAGAUUAUAUCUCUUCAUAUAGGCUAUAGAAUGUGGACUUAGUACAAAAGGACGUGUGCAUGUGAAAUCAUCCUACUGGAUGCAGAAUAACUCAAGCCAUUGAAGCUGUCCGUGCUGUUCAGAUGUCAAUGAUUAGAAACACGUCCAGUACCUGUCGUUAUCACUAGAGGGCAACCAAUGCCUCCUUCUUAAGCAUGCUUCAAUGGCUGCUGCAGUGACGUCUGCUGCACUACGGCAGAUAGCUCGGAGCAAAUAUGUUACACAAACAGUACCACUACAAUAUAUUCAGCUGAACAAACUCAUUCCUUCAUUCAUUUCAACUCAAUCAACACAGCAUAACAUGCUGUCCAGACUGUGCAUUCCUCCUUGUUUCCUGCAUGUAAUUACAAUGAUCUUCACAGCAAAUUAAACAAUUCAUGAGAUUUAAGAAUGUAUGCACUGAUUUUCCAACUGCGGGUUCAUGUGCAGUGCGGUUUAACAAAAAAAUAUAUUUAUGUCGACCAACAAGCUUUCCACCAGGGGUAAUAAUUUUGGUUCUAGUAUACUUGAUUUUUGUCAUUGCUGCAUUUUCUCUCCUUCCUGCCAAGCUUUACCUGAUUUUCUUUGCUCUAGGUUUCACUGUAAAGAGUGUUUUCGCACUGACAAAUGGUCGAUUGUGCAUAUGCAAUACAUGUCAAGUAAAGGGUAUCAACAAAUUAAAGUCUCCCUAGACCUGUUUUCCCAAGCCGUAUCCUGAAUUUAUACAAAGAAGAAUUCAAACAAGAUAGAUCUUCCUCAAAGAAAGUCACCUAAAAUGUUAUUCCUAACAGUUGUUUUCCCCCCGGAAGUCCUGAUAAGCGUAUCAUCAAAGCAAAUGACAUUGGUCGGAGCCAGUACAGCCCUUGUGCUCGGUCAGGUGGAUGAGAAGAAAAACACACACUGUUAGAGGUCCAAUCAGAGUGAACACUGCAUGCUUCUGUCUAAUCUGUGUAUCUAGCAUUUGUAAUACUCUCUAUGAAUAAUUUAUGGGUCUUAAAAAAAAAAAUGGUGGCAGUAAUAAUGUUUAUAAUGACAAGCUCUAGUUGUAUUCAGGUAGAGGUUCUGGAUUUGAAAAUAAGGUGAUGUCUGCAGCUAGAUACCGAACAGAAAGACAAAAUUGUGGAUAUUUUUUACAGUGACCACCAUUGCAUUUGAGAUUUUAUUUUAUUUAAGUAAUGCAAAAGCAAACACAGGAUGUAAUGUGUUUAAAUUUAGGUAGUAAAACAUCAUCAAGGUAGUUCCUGGGCUCUUAACUCUAACUAGCUUGAAGGGUUAGUUCAUUUAUUUAGCAGUACACACAUUGUCAUAAACUUGGGGGACUUGCAAGGGACACCUUAGAAAAUAAUAGUCAAAAUUGAAGCAGCAGUGGCCAAUGAUAUCCUGAGGUGUAGUCCCUAGCAUGCGUCAAGUUUCAAAAACAUAGGAUCCUACACUUCCCAUGAUGCAACUUGAAAGCAUCUUUAAUUGAAGAAUGAUUGAACCAACCAUCAAUGCAUCAAUGAAAAGCCUGAUUCUAACAAAAGAGUCCCUGAGCACCUACACCAAGUCGCAGAUGGUCUAUUUAUUCAGAAGCACCACAUAUGUCCCUCCCCCACUUACACACACACAC